AUGUUGCUGCACGUAUGGAGUACCAAGAAAAGCAUCCGUAUCGUGCCGCUCCUUGGGCUAGUUGAAGUGCCACCCUGCGUCGUGCGGAUCGCUGCAUGUGCGCUCCUGCUGUCGGCAGCAGGGGUCGAGUCCGCUGCGUGCGCCGCUGGCGUAGUACAGGCUGAUGUUACUUCAGCAGCGGACGCAGAGGCUCUCGUGAGCAUGUUGAGUUGUACCGGAGGAGGGGUGUUUGAUGUCCAGUGGACGGGUAGCGUGCCCAUCGCGGAGCCCUUCAAUGUCUCUGGCGGGAGCUCGCUGACCGUCACAGGUGCUUCUUCAUCUGUGCUCGAUGACAACAGCAGCGGCGUUGCUGUUGUUGACGGCCAGGGCAACGAUGGCAUCUUCGAUGUCUCCGGUGCUUCGACCUUGUCCCUCAACAACUUGAUACUGGCCGGCGGGAACAGCUCGACGGACGGGGGAGCCAUCCACGUUACCGGAGCCGACGUGUUCGUUACGGACUGCGGCUUUCAGAACAACAGCGCAACAGGGUAUGGGGGUGCCGUUUACGGGAACAACUCCCGAGUCGCUAUCAGCGACACCGUAGCUUUCACGUCCAACUUGGCAAUCGGCGACGGAGGGGCCAUGUACACCGACAGCUCGAGCAUCGCCAUCCAAGACAACGUAACCUUCGACGGCAACGCAGCUGAGAACAGAGGAGGUGCUAUAAGGGGGUCUUUCUCCAACUUCACAGUUGACGACGCCGUCCGAUUCACCAACAACACGUCGGUGAAAAAUGGAGGUGCCAUUAAUUCGUGGUUUUCCAAAUUCACCUUCCGCGGCGACCCGGUUUUCGAUAACAACGCAGCUGCUGGCGAUGGAGGAGGUAUAUCAGCGUACCAGACAGACCUGACAAUCUUUGACGGCCUGGCUUUCGUCAACAACUCCGCUGGCGGCUAUGGAGGCGCUUUGGAUGUCGCCGUUUGCGUCAUCAUCAUCGACGGCGACGCAGCUUUCCACGGGAACUUGGCCAAGGAUGGAGGUGCGAUAUUCUUGUACCAAGCCGUGGCACAUUUACGAGGAGGGUCAUUUUCGGAUAAUUCUGCUGUCCAGAGCGGGGGAGCGAUGUCGCUUUCACAGCCCACCGAAGUCACCCUGUACGGAGUUCUGUUCGUAUCGAAUACGGCUGACAUCGGCGGCGCCAUCGCGCUGACAUCCACUGGAGAAGAACCUACGCAGUUUGAGGCGUGCACAUGCACGUUUGAUUCCAACAGCGCCGUCGAUGGGGGGGCACUGUAUAUGUCGACCAAUGGGGGAAUGGAAGUCGUCCGGAAUUGCAACUUCUAUGGCAACCGUGCAGGCGAGUCGAUUGAACGCAAGGCAUCAAGAACCGAUGAUGUUCAGGCGGCGCUUCAAAGAGUCGAAAUAUCUGGGGGAACGAUCUUUCACACCGGACAUCUUGGCAUGAUCGAGACGGUGUUUGCGUCCAACGAAGCGGGCCAAGAUGGUACCGCCGUGUUUAGCAUGGGGGUGGUGCAGAAAGCCCUCAACGUAGCCUUUGCGAGUAACACGCUCAACUGCCCACCGGGCGAGAAUGCGUACGACAAGGAGGCCGAAGAUGACUCCUGCCGUUUCGAACUAGCGUGCGCGCGAUGCUCGGCGGAUUGCGACGCCAUCCCAUCCAGCGUGACCAUGGCCGACAGCACCAUCCCUGUCUGCGUAGAGUCGAUGGAAGGCACGAAGGCAUCAUCAAGCGGCACUACUGUCGCCACCCUCGACCUGCAGGAGGGAUACUACCGCACCUCCGCGGAGAGCCAAGUCGUGGUGGAGUGCUACUUGACAAGUGCCUGCGCGGGUGGUACCGAUCCCAAAAAUUAUUGUGCAGAUGGCUACGAAGGUCCCUACUGCUCGGUGUGUGCAGACGGCUACGCGCCAGGCACGGCGUACCAGUGUCACGAAUGCUCGGGAACAAGCAUGGGGUCAGCCGUGGGGGUUGCAGCGGCGGUGGUGGCGGUGGUUCUGCUCAUGGUUGCAGUGGUUGCUGCGGACCUCGUACGAGUUGUGGAUGGCGACGAUAGCAUCAAAGACGCCCGCACUCUGAAGGGGCGACUUUCGCGUUUCCAUGCGUUUGUUGUGACCGCCUUCCCGCUGACAACCGUGAAGAUAGUCGUGGUGGCCUGGCAGAUAAUCACACAGUUCGGCGCAAUCGCUGGCUUCGUGUACCCGGAGGAGUACCAGGACUUUCUCAACGCCCUGACGCCUGUGAAUCUGGACAUCGGCUUCAUCCUGUCGUACUCGUGCGUCGUGAUCACCGAUUUUUUUGACCGGUUGCUGAUCGCCACGAUCGGGCCAGUCGUGGUGCUCGCGCUGCUGGCCUUGACAUUCGUCGUCGGGAGGAAAAGGAACAUCGAUUCCGAGGCCGCCGUUCGCGCGGUCAAGAACAAGCACCUCUCCGCGGCGCUGUUCGUGAUGUUCUUCAUCUACUCCUCGGUCUCGUUCACGGUGUUUCAGACGUUUGUCUGCGACACCCUCGACGACGGGGUCUCGUACCUGCGAGCUGACUACAGCUUGACCUGCGACACGCCAAGGUACGGCGCUUUUCGCGGGUACGCGGCCGUCAUGGUAUGCGUCUACCCUAUCGGCAUCCCGGCAACAUUUGCCUGGUUGCUGGGGAGCAACCGGCAGGACCUGCAGAAGGCGGACCGGGACAGACUGGCGAAUCUUCAGCCGCUCGGCGAUCUCUGGGAGGCGUACAAGCCGUCAAGGUACUACUACGAAAUCAUCGAGUACGUUCGCCGCAUCGUGCUCACUGGGGUCGCAGUUUUCGUUCUCCCUGGCAGCUCGGCGCAAAUGGCCGUCGUGCUCCUGCUGGCCGUCGUGUUUUUGUUCAUCUCCGAGUCGCUGUCCCCCUUCACAAAAAAGAUCGACAUGGCUCUGUACCGCUGGGGGAACGGCGUUGUCUUGGCCAGCAUAUACGUCGCUCUCCUGCUCAAAGUGAACGUGUCCGAAGAGGGAAGCGAGACUCUCUCAGCCUUCGUCGUCGUUCUCAUACUGGCGAACGUCUGCAUGGCCAUUACCCUGGUGGUGCAGUCCUUCUUGCUGGUAAGAGAGUGGCGGUCGUCCACGGUGUCAGCGCGGUAGCCGGUUGACCAUCGAAACAAAUCAUCUGGAUGGCUGGAAGAGGCCGAAGAGGGUGGCGAGAAAGCAGGAACUGGCGGGGAGUAGGAGGGCGGAUGCUUCAAAUCGAUCCUGUCCAGCAAGCAAGACGCUGCGGGAUAAAACGCAUCUGCGCGCGAUGGUGUACCCAGCGCAUUGCUUGUAUAGCGCCGGCGCUGCUGGCCUUGUGCGGAGAUAGGGGUCAAGACUUGAGUGUUUCUCGCACUCUACAUUCGUUUGAGUGUAAAUCUGUAUGGCCGCGUGAACUCACACACACGCGUCGAAGCGU